UGGAAGUUGUAUAUAUACUUUCUAAUCAAUCUAUAAUGAUCUUGAUUUCUUUUAGUUCCUUAAUUUGGAUCAUUUUGCCAGAUGGCAGAGGCGUUGAUUGUUAGUGGUGCCUCUCACGGAUACGUCUACCAACUAAGCAUAAGCAGUAAGUGAUUGGUAAGGAGUUGAUCGAGAGAAGUGAUUAAAAAAUGGCAUCCGCGACGACGUCGCACAAUGAGGUUUCGCAGGACUUUUCUGUCAACAAACUUAUACGUGUCGGUUAUUACGAAUUGGAAAAAACUAUUGGCAAGGGAAAUUUCGCCGUUGUUAAAAUGGCUACGCACGUUGUCACUAAAUCGAAGGUUGCUAUUAAAAUAAUAGAUAAAACGAAAUUGAACGAAGAGAAUCUGGCCAAAAUUUUUCGUGAAGUACACAUAAUGAAACGAUUGAGGCAUCCGCACAUUAUAAGAUUGUAUCAAGUGAUGGAAACGGAGAAGAUGAUAUAUUUAGUUACCGAGUAUGCUCCGGGAGGAGAAAUAUUCGACCACCUUGUGCGAAAUGGGAGAAUGCCAGAGCCAGAAGCGAGAAGAAUUUUUCGUCAAAUUGUUCUUGCUGUUUGUUAUCUUCAUCAACAGAGAGUUGUUCAUCGAGAUCUUAAGGCUGAGAAUUUACUACUUGAUGCAGACAAUAAUAUAAAACUUGCAGACUUCGGAUUUAGCAAUGAAUACACUCCAGGUGUUCCGCUUAGCACUUGGUGUGGUUCACCCCCAUAUGCUGCUCCAGAAAUUUUUGAAGGGAAGCAUUACGAUGGCCCAAGGGCCGACGUAUGGAGCCUUGGUGUUGUUUUGUAUGUACUGGUUUGUGGUGCAUUGCCGUUCGAUGGACCCACAAUGCAAUUACUACGAUCCGUAGUAAUCUCAGGGAAAUUUAGGAUACCAUUUUUUAUGUCUGCAGAAUGCGAGAAACUGAUUAGACAUAUGUUGGUCGUAGAACCAGAACGGCGUUUAAGUAUCUCACAAAUCUUGGCACACUCUUGGAUGGGUGGAGACGGGGUAACAGAACCCGAACCAGGAGGGUGUAGUCCCGAAAAUGUGCCACCGCAAUUAAACCAAGUAGUGUUAGAGAAUAUGUUAAGAUUACCAGGGCUUAGCGCAGAGAUUUUAUUGAAAGCGAUUCAAGGGAAUGCUUUUGAUCAUGUGUCAGCGAUAUAUAAUCUUCUUGUUGACCAAUUAGAACCAGCAAUGCCUAGCUUACCUACUAUUCAGAGUAUACCUGGGGAUUACGCACCCGAUGGAGCGCAUCAGUUGGAAAAGUAUGGCGAUACGGAAGCAGAAACGGAAGAAAGAAGUGGAAUGCAAUUGACACCUGGCACGCCUUACCACACAACGAGAAGGCACACGGUCGGACCUGGUGACACGGCGCACCAGCCACCGACGUCAUAUCCUUACAAUUACAAUCAUACAUCGGGCGAUCCGGGAUUGCGGCUCCUUCCUAUUUUACAAUGCAACAAUACCGAUCCUCAAGUAUUACCCCAUACAAAUUUGCCAUUGAACCUUCCCCUGGUUCAGCAUCAACCUCCUCAAAACUUCCAAAUCAAAGACCAGCAUUUAUUAAAACCUCCACCAGUCAUGGGAGCAACUGGGAGUUUUGGAAGGAGAGCCUCGGAUGGUGGAGCGAAUCUCCACGUUUUCUAUCAACAACAGGGCAGUGGUUCUGCAGGCGCGGAAGACGGAGGAUGGAGCCAACCCGGCAGUAGAGAACAUUUACAGCCCAUACAAAGCGGGAGUCCAACGUUGGUACCGUGUGCUACGUCGUUAAAUGUAGGAGUCAACAGCGGGAACGGAGAUGGAAAUGGCAAUAACAGCGGAAGUGGAACUAGUGAUAGAAGAAGACGGAGUGGUCUCACUACCGUCAUGCAAAGACCAGUUAUAAAUCCGGAAAUGGUAAUGGAGGUGGAAGCUAGGAUGAAUAGAGCUUACCUUCCAUCACGGCUGUUACCGUCGCACCUUAGAGGAUCUACGCUUCCACAUCACAGGAAGACUUCUUUGUACCAUACUAGUACCGUAGGUAACAGGGAUUCGUACAAGGAGCCGAGCCCUCACGUUUCUACAGAGAGAUAUUCCCCUGUGCGAAGAGCGUCUGAAGGUUCGGGCCCAGCCGGACCUGGAAUUCAAACGCUUCAACAAGAGUAUCAACAACUGCAGAGGCUAGCGUCACCGUCGCAUAGCCCUGCGAGCAUUCCUGGAUCUCCCGUGCACGAGAGAGGAGUCGCAGCAAUCACACAAGGUUUAAGCGGAUUAACCACGGCAGCGGUACAAGGGAGUAUAGUUCACGGUACUCCCACUCAACCGCCGGCGACGCCGUUAGAUUUGAGUCCGCUGAGACAUCAUAGAUCGCCAGCUACCACGCCAGUUAGUUAUUCACCUAGUAAUAGUCCAGCUUUAGAUAUGAUUCAGGAAGAGCAUCCAGUGGAAAUACCAAGAGUACCACCUCAGAUAUCCGUAACGGAUCUUGGGGGUCAAGUAACGCUUAUUAGCUGUUCACCGUCACCGUCUCCGUCGCCAGAUUCGCUUGAGGACACGUCGCCUCAUUACAGCCCGCUUCCCAGCUUUAUCAUCUCGGAACCGUGCGACCCGUCGAGGCCCAGCAUCACGCGCGGUAUCGGUAGGCCAUUAAACACGUCAAUACCCGCGGAAGUCGAAGUCACGUUGUCGGAUGAGUCGAGUAGGUUGAACUCCGAAGCUAUAUUAGGUCGCGUGAAACAAAUUAUAGACGCGAGAGCCCCGCCGAAAGGGUUCGUCUUCUCCAGGGAAGAAAUGAAAGGCGGUGGGUUGAAUUUAGAAUACCCGGGUGGUGUACAGAUCGAACUGAGAGUUUGCGAGUCUGAGGAGAAGGAGGUAAAAGGCAUUAAGAUGCGAAGAAUCAGUGGGGACCAAUUGCAGUACAGUCAACUUUGCCAGCAACUGAUCUCGUGCAUUACCGUUUGACGACAACCAGCACGUUAUCUAAUCUUUUUCUUAUAUAUUACGUUACAACAUUCCUGGUGCCACAUACACCACUCAUUACAGUAUUGCACAUGCAUGCUGCAUACGUACGAGCGGUACUUUAAGCGUACCAUUCUUUAUAUCGAUACAUUCAUAUGUAUAACAUUCAGUGUGCUUCGUUUUCCAAUGAUCUUCUCUUCGUUUUUGUUUUGACAUGCGCGAAUAUCGGACAGGGAAGGAAGAAUUGACGCUAACUUGUGCAUAAUAGCGAAGUUAGAAUACGAAAUAAGCUUUUUAAAGCCUUGACGAUAAGGCUUUAAAAUACGUGCUUUCGUGCAAGUAAGAAGUCAGUUUUGCUAUUUUUAAACGAUCUAAGUAUUAACAAGCCAGGCGAUUUUCGUAAGAGUUCGUAAUCGUCGAUCUACAUCACAUACACCAUUCCUUUUUGUAGAAUAUUUGUCUUCAUGUUAGAAGUUUAUAGGUAAUACAUUCAUAUUUUACUGUUCGAAUCAUGAUCAGGUGCCCUUUUAGCUUAGGUGAAAUGGAAAAAACUUUUUGUACCGGAUUAGAUGGCAAAAUAAGCAUUUUCAUGAUAUAUAUAUAUAUAUAUAUAUGUCUU